AUGUCUGAAGUUGAAGUCCAAAAGUGUGUUCGCGGUCAGUUAAAUCGUCUCUCCUCGAGUUCACUUGAAUUGAUCACGGAAACGAUGACGAGUUAUUUUGAGCAAUACCCGAAGGCGUAUGUGACCGACUCAAUAGUCAGCUCCACACUUCAAACGGUCAAAAAAUUAGGGGAUACUCCCGAUCAAAUUCUGACUAUAUCUUCAUUGAUAUCUACUUUGUGUGGGACUGUGAGUAUUGGUGUCUGUGGGAGUUUAUUACAAGCGUUAUAUAGUGAAGAGCUUACAAUCAGCAAUUCGAUCUUAGUGUGUGGGUUCUAUGAAUUUGGCAUCAUCGACAGUACCUUGAUCUUUGACACUGUAUUGAAGGCAAUCGAUGAGAAGAAGUUUGAUAUUGUCAUCACCAUCAUCCAAACGGUCGGCUCCAUCCUCCGCUCAGAAGAACCAAAAGCACUGAAAGAAACAAUUUUGAAAGCAAAUGCCGCUCUCACAGGCCACCCUUUAGACUCAAAAGAAAAAUUCGUGUUAGAAAUUUUAAACGACUUAAAAAACAACAAAAUUACUCCAAAAAAUGUCGAUUUAGUUGACCGUCUUAAACGCCUAGUCAAUGCCAUUUGGAAGAAAAAUGGCGUUGCAAAAGGCUUUACUCUUCGUGUUACUUUACUUGAAAUUUUAGACAAGAAGAACAAAUGGUGGGAAGCCGGUUCUGCCAAUUCCGAAGUGACGUUCUCGACAUUGAGCACCUCACAAGACCAACUAGGGUUUCCCCAAAAUGAAGACAAAAGUGGGGACUUACAAGCCAAAGCGCGCGAACAUCAUAUGAACACAGAAGUUCGUCGAGCGGUGUUUGCAGCUGUUAUGGGAGCGGAGGAUUAUGUAGAUGGGUAUCAACGGAUCUUACAAUUGAAUUUAAAAGGGGAAGCUGAGCGUGAAGUAGUUUAUGUGUUAAUGUAUUGCAUUGGACAGAGUAAGUCGUAUAACAUCUACUUUACACUGAUCGUCGAGCAACUCGUUCAAAAGACUAAAGGAGCAAGGUAUACACUCCAAUUGGCCUUUUUCGAUCGAAUUAAAGACUUGGACGCGUACGGCCCACGUGCCGCAAUCAACUGGGGAAAGUUACUUGGCGACAUGCUCGCAAAAGACUUUUUAAACCUCAAAAUAUUCAAAGGAAUCGAUUUCUUAAAUUUGACUACUAUAGGGACCGUCUUUGUGAGAACAGCUUUACAGACUUUACUCGCUGCUGAGGACAUCCAAAGUGUGAAUCACGCGUUCGAGAGACUUAUUAGUGUGAAAGACCCCGAAUUCUUGAAGGUCAGAAAAUAUAUUCAUCUGUUCUUACUCAAAAAGAUGGGGAAGGUCCAAGACCUUAAUUUAAAGGCAAGAGUAGAAAAGAGAAGGUUGGCUAUUAUUAAGAUGUUGAACUCUUCAGUCGACUCACUCAUGUAA